CGCCUUCAUAAUCAGUCCGUGAGACCGAAAUGAUCAUAAAUAUCACUACCUUCCACGAUGAACUGCCUGAUCUGUUGAGGGUGGUCUGCCAAGAACCAACCAUCACCAGGGAAAGAUCACUACCACCAUCCAAAAUGACGAUUGACAGCACCACGGGAAAGGUCUUGUCCCCGGCCGCACUGGUCCACGUAGUCCUCCAGACGUCACAAUACGAACCCAUGGUCGCAUUCUACAAGGAAUUCCUAGGGGCACAUGCGACUUACGAGAACGAGUACCUCGCGUUCCUGACAUACGACGAGGAACACCACCGGGUGGCUAUAGCCCACCUGCCCACAGCCAAACCAAAGGACCCGACGGCGGCCGGUUUGGCCCACAUGGCCUUCGCGUUCAAAACCUUCAACGACCUCUUGCUAGCCUACCGUCAGCGGAAGGCCCGGGGCAUCUUGCCCAUCUGGUCCAUCAACCACGGGCCUACGACCAGCAUUUACUACCAGGACCCGGACGGCAACCAGAUCGAGACCCAGGUGGACAAUUUCGAUACGGUUGAGGACGCGAACGCGUUUAUGAAUUCGCCCGAGUUUGCGGAGAACCCGAUCGGCGUCGACUUUGACCCUGAGGAUCUCAUCAAGAGGGUAGAAAAUGGCGAGGAUGUGGCGAGCCUGAGGAAGAGACCCAGCAUCGGGCCUCGGGGGGUGGAAAGCAUACCUGUGCCACCGAGGCCGGACGUUCGGAAGAGCUACGAUAUUAUCCAGACCUGAAGGACCUGACAACUAAAGUGGAAGAGUUGAUGUUCUGGGGCAUUGUUUGUCAGGAAGUCUAUGGAGCCAUUUGCACAAAGUCGUCAGACAUGUGUGAAAUGCAUGGGUCAUUUGCGUCCGAGCUAGAAUGCCACGAGACAACACAAGUCAGAUAAAUUCCACAACUUUCAUAGCGCCAAAAUGAGAAUAGGCACCUCGGAGC